AUGGCUAGUCAAAGCUCGGACGCAUCGUUUCCGCACCCCAAAGCCUCCUCGCAUCCCUCCUCUACCUUGGGAAUUCCUGAAAAGGCAAGCUCCGGCAUCGAUAUCGAGGUAGGCGCUCCCGCCAAUGAGACCGACAACCCCGAGGAUUUGGGCAAGUUGGGCUACAAACAAGAAUUUCAUCGCAACUUGUCCUUGUUCAGUGUCUUUUCCAUAUCAUUCUCUUUGCUAGGCUUAUUGCCAUCGGUCGCUACCACCAUGACUUAUAACCUCGGCUACGUUGGCUCGCCCGGUCUUGUUUGGGGUUGGAUCAUCGCCAUUGCCCUCGUCGAAUGCGUGGCCCUCAGUAUGGCUGAACUUUGCUCUUCCAUGCCUACCUCCGGCGGUCUCUAUUAUGCUGCUGCUGUCCUCGCUCCUAAGGGUUGGGGCCCUUUUGCCUCUUGGGUUACCGGCUGGUCCAAUUACCUUGGCCAACUCAUCGGCGGCCCUUCCAUUAAUUACUCCACGGCUUCCAUGCUUCUCGGUGCCGUUUCCGUCGCCCGUCCUUCCUACACACCAUCCAACUACCAGCUCUUUCUCGUUACCCUCCUCAUUACUGCAAUCAACGCCUUCAUCGCUUCCUUGCCCACCAAGCUCAUUGCCCGUUUCAAUUCCGUCAGCACCUACCUAAACACCCUCUUUCUCUUCAUCACCAUCAUUGUCAUCUUAGCUUUUGCCGGCAAAAACCAUGGUUUCAAUGAGACCCAUGCCGUCUGGGGCGAUAUCACCAACUACACUGACUGGCCUGACGGGUUUGCCGUCAUCAUGUCCUUUUGCGGUGCUAUUUGGACCAUGUCUGGCUACGAUGCUCCUUUUCACAUGAGUGAAGAAACCGCUAAUGCCAGUGUCAAUGCCCCCCGCGGUAUCGUCCUUACCGCUACCAUCGGUGGCCUUAUGGGUUGGGUCAUGCAAUUGGUCAUUGCCUACACAAUGGUUGAUCAAAAUACCGUCGUCCAUACCGAUUCUUCCAUGUGGGCUACCUACUUGUCCCAGGUUAUGUCCCAAAAGGCCGCCAUCGCCAUCAUCUCCCUUACUGUCGUCUCAUCCUUCAUCAUGGGCCAGGGAAAUGCCAUCGCCUGUUCUCGUAUCGCUUACUCGUAUGCCCGUGAUGGUGUAUUGCCAUUCUCCGGCACGUUUGCCAAGGUCAAUUCCAAGACAAAAACACCAGUCAACGCUGUCCUUUUGGAUUUUAGUUUUCACGUAUGCGUCUUGUUAUUGAUCUUUGCUGGUGGUGUCACCAUUGAUGCCGUCUUUUCCGUUACUGCCAUCGGUGCUUUUGUCGCUUUUACCACCCCCAUCUGUAUGCGUGUCUUCUUCAAAGACAAUAAUUUCCGUCCUGGCCCAUGGAACCUAGGCAAGUUUUCCCGUGUCAUUGGUGCUUUGGCAUGCUUUUUUGUAGCCCUCAUGAUUCCUGUGCUAUGCUUCCCUACUGUUAAAAAGCCUGCUCCAGUGGACAUGAAUUGGACUUGUCUGGUAUUUGGUGGUCCCAUGACGUUGAUUAUCCUUUGGUAUGUUGUUUCUGCCAGAAAAUGGUUCAAGGGUCCUCGUACAAGUACCGACAACACUUAUAUUGUCGAGGGUGUCGAACCCGUUCGUUCAUCUUCCGCAUCCGUCUCUACCAAAAAAUAA